CCCGAUCGCUGGUUGUUGUAGCAACCACAGCAUCCGCCUUUCGCGUUAUAAUCGCAGCAAGGGGAAAGUGGAUGACUUUAUCUGUAUUUUAUGUGGAAUACGAGUUAAAGCAGUAAUAUGUAAGGAGGCAGCAGUUCGUGUUUAUUUAGCGAACUCAUGUUUACGCUGCAGUAAUGUUUAUCGCGAAUUUGCCGUAGCCGCUAGGCGCAUUUAAAUCGCUGAAAAACGGCACUUUUUCCCGUCCAGCGCUGAUAGCUUGGUUGUACUCAGUUGUUUUACAGCUACACUUUGUCUAAGCAUGUCGGCUGUCAAUAGCCUGGUCCCUGCACGGUUUCUCACCAUCAUAGCUCACGUCGUCAUCGUGAUCACGAUCUUUUGGUCGAGGGAAAAUAAUGUUAAGGCUUGUUUGCCUUUGGAUUUCACACAAGAGCAGUAUGACACAGAGGACAGAAAGCUGGUGGUGGCAUUGUCAGUCACUCUCGGUCUGUUUGCUAUAGAGCUGGCUGGAUUCUUUUCAGGAGUGUCCAUGUUCAACUGUAGCCAAGGCCUCCUUUCAACAGGAGUCCAUGCCAGUGCCUCAGUGGCUCUGCUUUUCUUUCUAUUUGAGCAGUGGGAGUGUGACAUCUACUGGUGGAUCCUUGCCAUCUGCAGUGUUCUACCUGCAUUAGUGGAGAUUCUUCUGUUCAUCGCAGUUUUUGGACUGAAGAAGAAGCCUUUAUGAAUGACAGUCCUGAUGUAAAGUACUGCUGUAGCUACAGUUUCUGGUAUUCAUUAUGUACAGAAGAACAAUAGAUACCAGACAUAUGUGGGUACAAAGCACCAACUGUAAGGGAUGUUAAAAAAAAUGGCUUUUCAUAAUGUUUUUUAAUCUGUUUUUUUCAUCUGUAUUUUGAAUAAAGUAGAUGCAGCAAAGGUUUUUAUCUCUAUUUUUAGUAUGUUUGAGUUGGAGUGUUUAGUUUAUAAAGUGUGUAAGUGUAGUGUCAGUUGUAACUUUGUCAAUAAAUAUUGUAAUUUUGUUUUGUUUUUUCUUCUGUCAGCUUGAUGGAAAAUCGAUCUCCUUUAAUCUAAAAUGCGUUCUUUACAAAUUAUUUUUACAACAGUUACAACUUUUUUUUCCUGAGUGGAUGUGAAAAUACUAU